AUGACAAAACCAAGUUACAUAGACGCUGCUUUUUGUUCAUCUAAGAACAACGAAGCUUACUUUUUCAUCAAUGAUAAGUACGUGCUGUUAGAUUACGCUCCAGGAACCAGCAACGAUAAAGUUUUGUAUGGACCAACUCCUAUUCGUGAUGGUUUUAAAUCACUCAAUCAAACCAUAUUUGGAAGCUACGAAAUAGACUGUAGCUUCGACACCGAAAACAAUGAAGCGUUCAUCUUUUAUGAAAACUUUUGUACUCUCAUAGACCAUGCUCCACAUUCCAACAAAGACAAAAUCAUCUUAGGUCCUAAGAAAAUUGCUGACGUGUUUCCUUUUUUCGAAGGAACCGUGUUUAAAAUCGGAAUAGACGCGGCAUACAGAUCAACCAGGGGCAAAGAAGUUUACUUGUUCAAAGGAGAUCAAUAUGCUCGUAUAGACUAUGGAACCAACAGUAUGGUAAAUAAAGAAAUCAAAAGCAUUAGCAACGGGUUUCCUUGUUUCCGUAACACUUAA